UCCCUGGGCUUCGUUUAGCUAAGGAGUCGCGGCCUCCUCCACUUCUCUCACCCCGGCGUCGGCGGCAGCGGCUUGCGAUGUUUGGCCUCAAAAGAAACGCGGUAAUCGGACUCAACCUCUACUGUGGAGGGGCCGGAUUGGGGGCCGGCAGCAGCGGCGCCACCCCCCCGGGAGGGCGGCUUUUGGCUGCCGAGAAGGAGGCCACUGCCCGGCGAGAGGUAGGGGGAGGGGAAGCCGGCACGGUGAUUGGCGGAAGCCCCGGCGCAAGCCCCCCGGCCUCCCUCACGCCAGACGCCCGGAGGGUCGCGCGGCCGGCGCCCAUUGGUGCCGAGGUCCCCGACGUCACCGCGACCCCCGAGAGGCUGCUGUUCUUCGCGCCCACCCGCCGCGCGGUGCCGCCUGAGGAGAUGGAAGCCCCUGCCGCCGACGCCAUCAUGUCGCCCGAAGAUGAGCUGGACGGGUACGAGCCGGAGCCUCUCGGGAAGCGGCCGGCUGUCCUGCCUUUGCUGGAGUUGGUCGGGGAGGCCAGUAAUGGCUCCGGCACGGAAGGGUCACUACCCUCGACGCCGCCCCCAGCAGAGGAGGAGGAGGACGAGUUGUACCGGCAGUCGCUGGAGAUUAUCUCUCGGUACCUUCGGGAGCAGGCAACCGGCGCCAAGGACGCAAAGCCAAUGGGCAGGUCUGGGGCCGCCAGCAGGAAGGCGCUAGAGACCUUACGACGUGUCGGGGACGGUGUGCAGCGCAACCAUCAGACGGCCUUCCAAGGCAUGCUUCGGAAACUGGACAUCAAAAACGAAGACGAUGUCAAAUCUUUGUCUCGAGUGAUGGUCCAUGUUUUCAGUGACGGCGUAACAAACUGGGGCAGGAUUGUGACUCUAAUUUCUUUUGGUGCCUUUGUGGCCAAACACUUGAAGAGCAUAAAUCAAGAAAGCUGCAUCGAACCAUUAGCAGAAAGUAUCACAGACGUUCUUGUAAGGACAAAACGAGAUUGGCUAGUCAAACAAAGAGGCUGGGAUGGGUUUGUGGAGUUCUUCCAUGUAGAGGACCUAGAAGGUGGCAUCAGAAAUGUGCUGCUGGCUUUUGCAGGUGUUGCUGGAGUAGGAGCUGGUUUGGCAUAUCUAAUAAGAUAGCCUUGUAAGUGCAAUAAUGGACUUCUAACCAACAACAGCCACCAGAACCACAUACAUCUGUGAAAUCAAAUGUAUUUAUGAACUUGGACUUAAAGCUGCCCAGGCUGUAACCUCCAAGAGUUCCACUCUAGCAGCCUAGCCAGAAAAGCAAGUGGCAAGAGGAUCAUAGCUAACAAGAAUAAAUACAUGGGAAAAGUAGUCCCCCUUGAUUGAAGAGUCACUGUCUGAAAGAAGCAAAGUUCGGUUGCAGCCACAAACAAACCUUGGGAGGCCAUGGAGGAGGACUUUCAGAUUUAGUGAAGAUAGUAGGGUGGAGAGACUUACUUCCUUGUUGAGAACAGGAGAGUGGCCAGUAGCCAGGCUAGUCAUAGAAUUUAUUAAAUAUGCCCACGAAUUCAUUAAUUUCCUGUAGUGUUAAAAGAGCACUAACAAUGCCAGUGACCUACCUGUAUGAAAUGAAUUUAAGCUACAAGUAAUAGAACUAUGACUACAAGCCUCAGUACUGUACAGCAGAGUGUGAAGGGAAGCUUUUCCUCUCUCUUAACUUUCCCAGGUGUAAUUCUUGAAGAAUGGAAAGUCCAAGUGUUCAGGACUUUUAUACCUGUUAUACUUGGUUUGAAUGAUUGUUAGUUUAAUAGCCUAGUAAUGGCCAAGAAUACUUGACUUAAGCCUGAAUAAUUGUAAUAUCGAAUAUCCUCAAUUUUUAAGACAGAAACAACUUGUAAAUGUAUUUGUCUGUAAAAAUUGUAUAUAUUUUUACAGAAAGUCUAUUUCUUGGAAAAAUAAAGGGGGGGGUAUUGAAUUUAAAUUAGUUUUUUUUUUUUCAUACCCUUUUGAACUUUGCAACUUCCGUAGUUAGGAACCUAUUUCUUACAGCUUUUCUAUGCUAAACUUUGUCCUGGUCAAUUCUAGAGUGUAUACAGAACUGAUUGAUAUAAUUGUGUGCAACCUGGCUGUAAUGGAACAAAUUUGAUUCAUAACUAUGCAGGCUUUAAUUUUCCCAUCUGAUUUUGGUAAGUAUUCCAUAGAUAGGUUUUUCUAUGAAAACCUGAGAUUGAGAGGUUGAAGAAUGGAAAUUAAUCUUUUCACUUUGUUAUAUGUAGGUUUUCAAUAAUUGGGUCAAAAAGGAGUUUUAAGGUUGGGGGGACUGUACAAAUAAUGGGCUCUGAUUGGGCAACUACUUAUUUGAAUUCCUUUCAUUUGAUCUAAUUUAACUGGUGAAACUCAAACUGAGUUCAUGAGCUCAUCUUUAAAGCUUUUACUAAAAGAUUUUCAGCUGUUCCAAAUGGGACUUAUUAGUGUGUAUAAAAAGAUCACAUCAGGUGGAUGGAUGAGAGAGAUUUGAUUCCUUGUUUGCUUAAUAAACUGUAAAAUAAUGGCUUGGAAAAGCAGGUUAGAGUCUAACCAUGGUGCUAUUAUUAAGGCUUGCUUGUUAAACACAGGUCUAAGCCUAGUAUGUCAAUAAAACAUACUUAUUGUUUCAUUUCUGUUAAUGAUUCCCAAACUUUGUUUCAAAUUUUUGUCUUGGCAUCUCUUUGGAUUUCAGAUUUGAUGUUCUGUGGAACUUACAUUUUAUUUCUUGUUCUUCCUUGAAAUAUUUGCUGCUUUAUUCUGCUCCCUCUACUGAUACUUUUAAAUCAAUUUCUACUUUACCCUACCAUCCCUGAACUCUUGAUAGCCCUUUCAGAUUUUGGCACUGUGAACACAUACUGGGAACCUGAGUGACCACAACACCACCAGGAGUCCAAGAACUCUUCAUCUUUCAUGAAUUUUAUCCUAUUGGGAGGUGGUAAAAACCAUGGGUGACCUGAUAGUAACAGUCAUUGAGGUAGAAGUCCCUUUUCCUUGGACUGGUAUCUUUUCAGUUGUUGCUUGAUCCUGUCUUUGAGGAAAAAGUAUCUAAAGUCACCUUAGGAAUUUUCAGAGGAGGGAACGUCUUAUAUAACUUUCUCUAAAGUUUCUGUUGUAUUUCAAUAUGCUCACAAAUUUACAGAAAGACUUACAUAAAAGCUACUGGUAAACUGAAGAAAUCUUCUGUAUUGUAACUAGUGUCAUUUGCAAGCUUCAACCUCAGAACAUGACCUUUUAGUCUGUGGACUCCAGAUAAAAAUAGGCAUGAAUAAGAUGACUAAGAAUGUAAUGGGGAAGAAUUGCCCUGCCUGCCCAUCUUGGAGCCAUAGGUCAUCUUGCUAGAGCUAUUUUUACCUAUAUAUUUGUCAUUCUUGAUCAUAAACCACUUAUUUAUGUCAUAUCUAUCUCUAAAAACCUAAAAGCACUUUAUGUAGUUUUUGAUCUUAAGAUCUGGUUAUGGUGACUAAAAGGCCUGUCUCCCAAAUCCAGUUGUGGAAAUAAGAGCAUAAAUGUGAAUUGGUGUUUAGGGGCCCCACUUCCCAAUUCACUAAAUGUGGCUGCUGGAAUAGAGAUGAGGAUUUUAGUUGGUAUUUUGGUUUGGGGCAGCAAGGGCUUAGAGACCCCUCAAGUGGUUUGGGAUAGCAGAUCGGGUGGUUGGUUUAUAGGGAGAGGAGGCACAUGGUCUAAGUGCUGACUAGCUGCAUAACAGGCAAAUCCUCCAAAGGGAAAGGGAGGGUCUACUUGGAAAGAUGGCUCUCAGCGACUUCUGUUUGUUUUAUGCUUCUCUCAGGGAAAAACAUGCAAUCCUCUAGUGUCGUCCAUGUACAUUUUAUGGGUGGGGAGAACACCUUGGUUCUGGUUAAACAGCUAGUGCUUUUGACAGCUGUGCCAGGAAGGGUUAGGACCAACUACAAAUUAAUGUGGGUUGUAAAAUGUAGUGUGUUUCCCUAACUUCCUGUUUUUCCUGAGGAAAAAAAAUAAAUCUUUUAUUAAAAUGCAA